AAUAUUUUGAAAGUGGUGAUGUUGUGAAGAGAGGAGGGAACAGUGCUUAUUUCGUUCAGAAGUGAGAUACCUGUGACUUUAGCUAAGUAUCUGAACGAAAUAUACACAACUUUAACGUUUAUGACAGGGGCACUCAUGCUUUCUGUGGUAAUACAAGUAUUUCAUUUCUCUGUGGCGUUGACUCGAAGCAUUAGUGCUCGUCGAAAGUAGCUGAUACCUAAACGACACUCUAAUUUGAUCAAAGGCUUAUCAGAAAUGGAUAGUGAUGCGUUGUGACUUAGGAUAAUUGUAAAUAUUUUACGGAAACAACGAAGGAGUUAAAUGAGGGUUUUAAAUAUUUUGCCUCAUUGUGUAGUACUGAUGAUAUUACGUUAAGACUUUUAACUCAUUGAGUACUUUCUUACCUGUCGUUUGACAUUUGCCGCUGAGAUGGAAACACUAUAAUAUUACAAACAUAUUACUAUUUCAAAGUGAUAACAAAUAUGCACGUAAGUUGCGUAAUCUGCAGUGACCUGUUCGUUGCAGCUGAUGAUACGUUCUGCACACAGUGUGGUCACCUUUUUCAUUACCAGUGUUUGAUACAGUGGAUUGAAAGGUCUAAAUCAUGCCCACAGUGUCGAACAAAAACCACGGAAAAGAACAUUCAUAGGAUAUAUUUUAAUAUUCCAAAUGUUGACGAAAAAUAUGAAGAUCCAAGUGUCCUGCACAAUAAAAUUGAUGGUCUACAUUUUCAGCUUCGUUUGAGAGAUACAGAUUUGAAAAAUUCUGAAGAAAAAAAUGUGAAAUUGGUUAAUCAGAAUGUGAUAUUGAAAGAAGAACUACUGCAAGCUCAACAAAAAUGCAAAAGCUUAGAAAGAGAUAUUUUAACACUUAAAGAGCAAAUAAAAUUCAUGCGUGAUCAGACAAAGAAUGCUGAGCAGGCUCAGAAUGAUGCUAAGCAACUGAAAAGACAAUUGGAAUUCUUCAAAAGUGUUGAGAUGGUGGUUAAAGCUGCAGCAACAGAAGUAGAUGAAAUGCUGGGCAAUUUUGAUGGUACAUUUGACUCCUUUAAAAGAAUGAGUACUUAUGUUUCAGUUCUCAAAAGGGAAUUACUAGGAUCAACAGAGAAGAGGCGAAAUCUUCAAACACAAUUGAAAGAAUCUGAAAAAGAUUUGAAUUCAGCUCUAAACGAGUUGAACCGUUUGAAGAAAGAACUGAGUAAUCAGGUGGAAAAGAAUGCAUUGUUAACAGACGAUAUCAAACACCAGGAAGCAGAGAACAGAAGUCUACAGAAAAAGAUAAAAAAUCUUGAGGCAGCCAUAGUAUCACCCACGGCAUCUCAUCCUAGUCAGAGUGCUCUUAGGCGAUUUGUAACUGAAAGCCCAGCGCCUAACACACUGAAGUUGUCUCACAACAUUAUUGAGAAGAGGAAGUCUACACUUGCUGAGGCUCAGGGAAGUACUUCAAAAGAAGAGGUGCCUUAUGGGGAACUUUUGACUUGUCCACAAAGUACAUUCGGUGAAGAGAAGUGUGAUGAUGCAAUGGAAAAUUGUCUGCAAAAUCAGGAGGAGGAGCCACAAAAAAAGACUCUGAAAUUGAGAUUUAACGGUGGAGAAAGUGCUACAGAUUUGACUCCACUGAGAGGAAUUAAGUUCAGAACCAUUCCAGUGCAUAAUAAGUUCAGUAUUUUUAAAAAACCUAGAAGUGAAGGUACAGCUGAUGUAGUAGGAAGUGUAAAUUGUGAUAGUGAAGUAACGUACGAUGGACAUGGAGGUCAUUCCAAAUUAGAUGAAUUUCCAAAACUUGUUCCAAAAUUCAGGCCAGAAAAAAGGACUAUGAAGAUACCUAUAGCACGAAUGAAGAAGAAAGCAGCAAGUUCAGAUAGUUUAAAACGCUAUGUAACAGGACUUCCUGACUGAUCUUCCUAAAUUCCUUUAAUUUAUUUCCCAUUGUGUGCAGUUAAUAUUACAGGCGUUACAAUAGUAAAUUAAAUUUUUGCAACAAAUAGCUGAUAAAAAAAUUGGAGACAUUACACAGACAAAGUGCUAAACCAUAUGCAAGCGUCAUUUGAAAGUUCCCAGUACUAAGAGAUAUUGUAUUGUAUUGAAUGGUACUGAGACGUUGAUGUUUGAUAUAGAUCCAGUAAUGUGUCCAUUUAACACUAAGAAUGCUUUUGGGAUCAAGAUUGACAUUUGACGAUAAACUAUGAAAAUUCAUUAAAAUAAUGAACUUUGUGGUACUAAAACAAUAAAUUUUGGCAGAGUGGAUGACUGAAAACUUCAUUACUAAAUGACUACUUUUUUUCAAUAGUUAUAUUGCACAUUUAACAAAAAACAUUUAUUUGGAAUGUGGAUGAAUAGUACUUACAAUCUCAACAGUUCACAAAUUGAACAAGGAAAACAAUGUGCAAGAUUUAUUCUUCACAUUGGACAUAAGGCUUUGCAACGAAAGCUAUUAAAUCUUGUCUACUACAAUGUAUCCCUUGUGUGUAAGCUGUUGCAAUCAAUCAGUGAAACAUCAGUCAUUACAGAUAAACAAUUCUAAUUUUUUUAUGAAGUAUAUGAUACAUAUGCAAUAUUUCCCGCAUCCCUCUUUCAUGUGUGAAUUUUCUAUGGGGAGUAGUGGCUACAACACCUGGACAACACAUAUAGGAAAAUUUGUGUUAAUUCAUUCAGUUUUAUGUUCUUGAUGGCAUCAAAUAAAUAUUUUGUAUAGAAGUUGUUACAUGGAUCUUGAUUUUUGAUGCCUUAGUUUUUAAAUAGGGAAUAAAAAAUGAUAGCAAAAUUACACCAAAUUUUCACAUUAUAAUUACUAAACUAUAGUCAGUAUAUGAAGUAAUGGUUAGAAGUAUUUUCACUUAAGAGUAUGAUUCUAUUUUUUGCUACAACUUUGUCAUACACAACAUGGAAAUUACAGUGUAUUUACAGUCUUUCCCACACAAACGAUAAAUACAAAAUUAUAGAAGGUGAUGAGCAUUACCUGUACCAGCACCUUUAACUGCUCAAAUACGAGUUAUACUG